CUUUAUAGUGGGAUAAUUUGCACAAAAAUAAAUAUAAAGUCUCGUUUUCGACAACAUUGCGCGCGAAGUGGCGACCUUUGGGCUUUGGUGAUCAUUGACCCACUCUGAUCCGCAAACCCUAAAACCCGUAAAACCCAGAAACCUCUGAGCUCAAAUCCACGCGCACUCACCUUCUCUCCUUCUGCAAUCCUCAAAUUCUUCGAUAUUUCGCUUCAAGUUCCUCUCUUUUUUUCAAUUUUUGCGGCAACGAAACAGGCGAAUCUCUGAUCGAGCAAUUGGUGGUUGAGAAUGGUGUUCUGUAACAAUUGUGGGAAAACCGUCCCUGGAACAGAAGAUAGUGGUAGAAUAUGGUGUGACUUAUGCGGCAAGGUUUUAGUGUAUGACAUUUACUCUGAAGAACCCACUUUUUUCAAAGAUGCCGCCGGCCAGAGCAAACUGGCUGGAAAUUUCGUGAGGGGUUUCCAAAGUGAGGUCUCGGCUUCUCGUGAGAGGCUGAUUGAUAAUGCCAGAUAUGAAUUAAGAUGCCUGAGAAACGGUUUAGAUAUGGGGGAUAAUGAAGAAAUUACCGACAUAGCUUUGCGCUUCUACACGAUGGCGCUUGAGAGGAAUUUCACAAGGGGCCGUAACACAGAGCGAGUACUGGCUGCAUGUUUAUACAUUGCAUGUCGAUCAAAGAGGAAGCCAUAUCUUCUUAUUGAGUUCUCAAACUUGUUGAAGAUAGAUGUUUAUACACUAGGUGCGGUAUAUAUGCAACUGUGCAAAAUUCUUUAUCUUGAUCAGUAUCCAUUCGCAAACAGACUUGUUGAUCCUUCCAUCUUUAUUGCUAAAUUUUCAGGGAGUUUACCAGGAGGAAGGGAUAAAGGAGUUAUUCAAACUGCAGUGCGAAUUAUGACUAGCAUGAAACGGAAUUGGAUGCAGACAGGCAGAAAACCCAGUGGGUUAUGUGGUGCUGCAUUAUAUAUAUCUGCAAUUUCACACGGUCUCAAGUGUUCCAAGUCAGAUUUUGUCAGGAUUGCACAUGUUUGCGAUGCAACGUUGACCAAGCGGCUGAGUGAAUUUGAGAAUACAGAUUCUGGGAGCUUGACGAUUGAAGAGUUCCAUCUGAAGGAAAGUGAGCUGGAUGAAUUAUAUGAGCAACCAAAUAGGACAGUUAAAACGGAUAGCAGAGAUGACAUUCUUUGUGAACACAAGGAUAAUGGAAAACCUUUUGCUCUUGGACUUUGUAAAUUUUGUUAUGAUGAUUUCGUGACAAUUUCAGGUGGACUUCAUGGAGAAUCUAAUCCUCCAGCUUUCCAGCGUGCUGAGAUAGAAAGAAGGAAAAAAGAGUCUGCUCAGGAGAAUGCUAGUGACUCUGAUGUUGAUAUUUUACCCUGCCAAAGCCUAGACAACAGUCAACAAUCAAAUUUUGAAAGAGAACUGAACGGCUCAAGAGCUAGUGAAAAUGGGCGAUUACACUCUAUGGAGAGUGUCGGGGCUCCUACUGUGGAUACAGCCGUUCAUGUGGGCAAUGAAUCUUGUGAUGAGUCUGACAACCUUUCAGAUAUUGAUGAUGUAGAGGUUGAUGAGUACCUCCUUGAUGAAGAGGGGAAACAUAACAAAACGAUAAUUUGGGAAGCACUGAACCGUGAAUACAUUGAGGAGCAAGCAGCUAAGGCUGCUAGGGGAACCGAAUGUCCAGAAUCUCAAGCUGCUGCAGCCAAAAAAAGAAAGGAAAGGCAACUAGCUCGAGCAGAGGAAGAGAAAAAUUUUACUCCAGCUCAAACUGCUGCAGAAGCUGCUUACAGAACGCUAACUAAGAAGAGACUAAGCUCAAAAAUCAACUUCGAUGUCCUGGAGGAUAUGUUUGAAACAUCUGAGACUGCAGGUGUCUCGAAGAAGACACGAAUUGAUUCACAAUCUGAUAAUGAUGAAGAGAUGCCAUACAUGGAGAACCAAGAGUUUGAAAAUAAUGACGAUUUUGGUCCAGAAACUGAAUAUGAGGAAAGAAUUGAAGGCUCAUAUAACAACAGUUUCGAUUUUGAUAAUGUUCAUGAAGGAUAUGACAACGGUGAAGAUUUUGGUUAUGAGGAUUACUAAUGUAGCUUACAGACAAGGUAGUUGGCCAUCUAUGGGGAGCUAGUAGGAACAAUUGUACAAACACAAUUUUGUAGCCUCCCUUGGAUAGUGGACAGCGUGGCUGUAGAUUGGAACUCAACUAAUACCUAAUAUCAGAAGAUUUUCACCUCUUGGGUUAGAGGUAGGAUAGUGUUCAGAAUAGAGCAUUUUUUAAAUAAUAAUCUUCUAAUAUAUUUGCUUGCUCCCUAGUGAUGCUGUAAAGUCAUACCAUUGUGUGGAAAGUUGUAGUUGAUUAACCCAUAUGAAGCAAGCGAUUUCAUUUCAGAAUAUCUAAAUCUAUGAGAUGCACUGAAUCUGAAUGGUACAUUGCAUUGUAUUCCUUCUAACUCUAUAAUUCUCCUGGGACUUUUUGAUUCAUUCUGCAGUUCAUAAAGUUCUUAAUACGAUGUUGUAGUCCAGUCACUCUGAUUCUUUAGUCAUUUUUCUUGUAUCAAACUGAUUUAAGUUAUCAUAAAGAUCCACGAUCCAUCACGACUAUGUUCAUAAUAUAAUCCCACAAAGAAACUGAAAUUGCAAAGACAAUGCUGUUAUUCAAGGAUUGUACAUAUAUAACAUUCUAAAAUGUAUUACAAAUAAAUAUGUAAUUAAGGUUUAAAUAUACAACAUGGUUUUCAUAGCUUU